AUGUCGUCUGAGGAGGAGAAGGUGUGCUCAUUCACACGACUCGUUUUCGACCCCAGAAACGGGCCUCUGAACCUCGACGGGGACAAUCAACAUGCCGAGGAUGCUGAAAUGGAGGUUGAGAUUCUCCAAACAAUUGGCGGGAAUCCUGGUUCUGGCUACAACCCUGGCCCUCAGAAGAUCUUGUGUCGCGUCGUCGUUGCGCCACUCAUCUCUCCGUGCAAGCAAGAGCAGGAGAUUCCAAUCAAAGGGCAGCUCCUCUUUCUGAAGCUCUUCGAUGCCUUGUUCUGGCACAGAGCUGUCGAUAUUACAAAGCGUCGGUUUAAAGUCCCCAUUCAGGCCGACUCGGCUUUCAGUGACGAGUUCGGAUGGACUACCAAGGUUGCAAGUGUGAAUUCGACAUUCGCAAACCAGUUCCGCCACGUUGCCAUUCUCGCGAUCGAGUACGUCGAUGGUGUUUGUCUGCAAGAUCUUUUUCUACCCACUGGCCCCAUUUCGAAGACGGUCAAGCUCUACACAGACAGUUCAGUGCCCGCGAGUUUCAACACCGACCAAGAUCAACGCAUGAAGAUUCUCGCGAAGCUCAUGGACGGUACCGUUACGCAAGAAUUCCUCGGCCUCGACCACUGCGAGUUUCAUCCGAAGAAUGUAAUCGUAACCAUGCGAAACUUGGGUCAACCGCUAGAGGAACCCCGGGCUGUUCUGGUAGGCUACGGACGCGCACUCGUUGACGAUCUGCGAUCAGAGCCCGCAAGGUUCUGGAAGCACUUCCCAACGAAGCACCACCCGGUCAUUCGAUUCGGCUGGCAGAGACUGGACCCGUUCAAUGGUUGGAUCCCUUUCGCAUGGCGAGGCCCAGAACAUGACAUCAACGAUGCGCCUUUACUCGACAAAUGGAUGGUUGGAACAUUAGGUCCUUUGACGGACAACGCGGAUUAUACCACCUUCGUCCCUGAGACACUGCCAACCGGCGCGAUGCCCGAGGGAUAG